AUGCAGCUGCCUGGUAUGUACUUCAAAUCCAUUCUCAACAACCUGGAUUUGCGAUCAUCCUCAAAUAACUUCAGCAAAAUAAUUACUGAGCGGCUGGAAGAGAAGUAGAAUUUCAGCAGCUGUGCCUGUUUACAGUACACGUGUCAAGCUCACUGGAUCACGUGGGGCCAGCCACUGCCUCUCAGUCUAACCUACCUCACAAGGUUGGUGUGAGGGAUUAAAAUUAAAACUACGUGCGCCACCUUGAGCUCCUUGGAGAACCUGCCGCACCGGUAACCUAUGCUGCUUUUGCUAUUGGGAGGAGACAAGCGCUUGCGGUGAAAAAUUAAAAAAUGACAGCCUGGGCAAGCAGGUUUAAGACGCUUAAAUUAAGAAGCAUGUGGAUCGCACGUCGAACUGCCCCAAUCCAUGCAACCCUAUUCCGAGGGAAGUUUUGCUGAAUUCAGUGGGACUUAUUUUAUUCCCAUGUUGCACAGUGAUGUCUUCCAAACAUGCGGGUCUUAAUGGUUCAAACAGAUGCGGGGUUGUUGUUGGUUUGUUUUAAAGAGGUUUUAAUGCAGCCCGAUCCAAUGCAUUAUCAGAAGAAAAAUCCCGCGGAAUUUAAUAGGCUUCAUCCUCACGCUGAGUAAGAUUGCAAUCUUACUUAGGAGCAAGCCCCACUGGAUUUAUUUCCCAGUAACCAUGUACAUAGAUCUGGCUCUGAUUUGAAAGCGAACACGAUUUGAGACCUUUCGAGCUGAAUCCUGAGCGACCGGGGAAAGCUUGAGCGGCGCAGGAAUUAAUUCCUAUCCUAGGAACUCUUGUCCAGGCGAUUAUUUUUUUUAAUGCUGCUCCUAGUCUUGCUCAAUGCAAUGGGCUCUGCUCGCAAAUCCGGCUCGCGUAAAAGCGCAGUUUUUAAUAUCUGGAUGCAGUAGAUUGAAAUCGGUGGGAGCGGCAGCUUCAAAGCAAAACUUUCUGCAAUCGUGUUUGUAAAUUUAUGGCUGUAAAUUUGCCUUGCGCAACCGCUUCGAGGUCCCCCCCCCCCCACAGUCAAGCGACAUAUAAAAUAAAAUAAAAGCUUGGGCCACGCGAAUCAUCCCUAUCACAACGUGCAGUCCACCACCGGGUAGGGCAGGCGAAAGCGGCGGCUGUCGUGCGAGCUCCUCCAGGGUAGGGGGCGCUGCGAGCGGAAGGAAGCGGACGAAGAGGCGCUCUAGGCAGGCCUCGUUCUUCUCCCGGCAGGCCUUGCGACGGUCGGCGGUGGCGGUCCCGGUGGCGGCAGCUUUGUGACCUUCGCCUUCGCCGUCCUCCUUUGUCGUGUCACAGGCUUCGAGGUAGGCCCGGCCUUUUGCUCCGAGCCUUCGGAAGGCUUUGCCCUGUUCUCCCGGCGGCGGAGGCGGCGUCGAGGGCCUUCGUCCCCGCGCCUUGGUGGCCGCCCGGCGGCCUUGCGGAAGGGCGAACGGGGUUGCCUUGGCUACGGGACCGUGAGGGAGUGUGGAGAGAGAGAGAGACUUAAACUCAGGAGCCAAGCCCAAGGGGUCAGCCGCAGAAGCUGGCUUGGCGGGUGAGGCCGGUCUGAGACUCAAUCCCGGAAUCGUGGAGAUGAGAGGGACUCCCGAGGGUCAUCUAGUCCAACCCCCGCUGCGGUGCAGGAAUCGCAGCUGAAGGAUCCCUGACAGAUGGCUAUUCAACCCACUGUGUAAAAAAUCAAAAAUCUCCGGUGAACGAGAGUCCACCCCCCACCUUGCACUGCUGAACAGCUCUUGUCAUUGUAGAUUUGGGAGGGACCCCCAAGGGUCAACUAGCCCAACCUCCUUGCAAAGCAGGAAUCUCAAACAGCCAUGACAGAUGACCACCCAACCUCUGCUUAAAAACCUCCAAGGAAGGAGAGGUCACCACCUCCUGAGGGAGUCUGAUCCACUGUGAGGCAUUCUUCCUAAGGGAGGUGGGCAACAUAAGGCUUGCUUCUUUUAAAGUGAGUGAGUGAGUGUGUUUUAUAUAUGCAGUGGACACUCGGGUUGCGAACAUGAUCCGUGCGGGAUGCACGUUCGCAACCCACAGCAGCACGUCUGUGCACGCGCGGGUUGCAAUUCGGCGCUUCUGUGCAUGCACAGUUUAGCGCUUCUGCGUAUGUGCGACCUCUGAAACCUGAAAGUAACCUGUUCCGGUACUUCCAGGUUUCGGAGCAUCCGUAACCUGAAAAAACGCUACCUGAAGCAUCUGUAACCCGAGGUAUGACUGUAUUCUCAAUGUUGGGUCCCCAGAUGUUCUUGAACUACAACUCCCAUCAUCCCUGGACGUGAUGGCUUGGAAUGAUGGGAAUUGUAGUCCCAAUAUGUGAGGCCCCAAUAUUGAGGAAAGCUGCCUAGCCCUAACGUGGCUUACGCCCGAAGUAUCUGAAAACCUCCUCCUUCCCACUCAACUCAGAAGUCCUACGUCAAGGUCGGCUCAGUUACCAUAAAUCAAGUGGUGGGUGGGUCCUUCUCCAGAGAUGGCCCAGCAUUUCACUUUUCUUGCAGAGACAGCAGCAGCAAUUUGCAGAGCAGGAAGAGAUGGUAGAAGUUGUUCCGGCUGCCCAGAAGUUAGAAAGUCAAGUCAGGGGGGCUUACUCUCAUGAUAGUGAAUAUAGGAUUGCAUCCAUCAACAGUUGCCACCUGUCUCAUCUCUUGGUGCUCUGACCUCAGAGAAGGGCGUCCAGCAAUGAUCUUAGUGUGCAGUCCGUCCAUCACUCCUUCAGUUAUCUAGGGCUCAAGUUGUGUGAGGGCUUUAAAGGUAAACAAAAGCAAUUAUGCCUAGAAAUGGACUGGCAAAGAGCUUUCAGAAUCAGUGAGAGAUAUUCCCACUAGGCCAAUUAACAACACGGCAAAUUUAUUUUGACAUUUCAAGUGUGCAUGAUAUCUGUAUAUUAGACCAUUUUCUUCAUGUUGACUUUUCCUGUCUAAAAAGAUGACACCUCAGAAUAUGUCAGAUGAGCAAACAGCAUUGAAGAGGCAUUUGACAGCCAUUGGUAGAAUUCCUGCAUUAUCAUCUGUGGUCAAAAUCAUAUGACCAUGUUCACUGGCAUAAUCUGCUCUUGAGAAUCAUUCCACAUUUUGAUUAAAGCUAUCUCACACCUCUAAAUGUUGUAGUGACUGAACUCUUAAGCAAAAGUUUUUAAGCCUGCCCUGUGGUAGUUGGAGCUGCCCGUUAGUUGGGAAGUUGUACUCCAAAACAUCUAGAGGGCACCAGGUUGGGGAAUUUUGCCAUAUGCCUUGGAGUUAAAAAGACCAUAUUGAAGGUAACACAUUACCAAAAAAAAAAUGCAAUUAAACAUUGGUUGGAGUUGGGCAUGUUGCUAAGCAUUCUCUUGAUUUUAAGUAUAGUGGUACUUCGGGUUACAAACUUAAUUUGUUCCGGAGGUCAGUUCUUAACCAGAAGCUUUUCUUAACCCAAGGUGCACUUUCACUAAUGGGGACUCCCGCUGUCGCUGCGCCACCAGCACGCAAUUUCCGUUCUCAUCCUGGGGCAAAGUUCGCAACCUGGAGCAACUACUUCCGGGUUGUUGUUGCUUAGUCGUGUCCGACUCUUCAUGACCCCAUGGACCAGAGCACGCCAGGCACUCCUGUCUUCCACUGCCUCCCGCAACUUGGUCAAACUCAUGCUGGUAGCAUCGAGAACACUGUUCAACCAUCUCGUCCUCCGUCGUCCCCUUCUCCUUGUGCCCUCGGUCUUUCCCAACUUCAGGAUCUUUUCCAGGGAGUCUUCUCUUCUCAUGAGGUGGCCAAAGUAUUGGAGCUCCAAUACUUACAUAUACAAUACUUCCGGGUUAGCGGAGUUUAUAGCCUGAAGCAUUUGUAACCCGAGGUACCACUGUAUCUGUAAUGAGACCUAUGCCUGUAACUCAGGGAUGGGGAACCUGUGGCCCUUCAGGUAUUGUUGGAACCUAACUCCCAUUAGUCCCAGCCAGCAUAACCAAUGGUGAGGAAUGGUAGGAGUUGGUAGCAACAUAAGGACGGCCACAGGUUCCCCACUCCUUUUUUUCAAAAACAACAACUAUAUCCUUAAUGUUAGACAUUUGCUAACUUCAAAAUACUAAGACUGCCAUUCUGUUCCAACUUACAGAUGUUUAAGAGUGCUUUGACAAGAUGGUGGGACAUGCAAAAGAUUUACCAUACUCAAGUUCACCAAGAACUAUGGGUUGGUGCCCUCUUAACCAGCCUCAUCUUUUACAAAAUCUCCUAUGGAGGUACGUUUUGUGCGUUUCUCUUCUAAAGUUGCAAUUAUAGGUGUCAGCUAAAAUUGGCUUGGGGAGGACAUUAGCCCAACAGAACUAUAAUGAUAGUGAGCUACUGAAUCAAAACAAAAAAUGGAUUAUGUUUAUGGUUAUAUGUAAAAAAAAUAUACAGAAGUAGCUUUCAUUCAUUUGAAUGCAAAAUAGCAAGCUACAACUUGUAUAAACUAUAAUAUUAAUAGCAAAAUUCUCAAUAUUCUAAGAGGUGCCAUCCUUAACUAGGGCCUAACUUCAAAUAAGAAAUUCUAUGUGAAUUUUUAUUAUUAUUAUUCUUUUUUUGAGUUCUUUUUUUUUUUAAGCUUGAUUUAAUCAAAACAGCUUCAAUGAAAGGUACACAUUCCAUUUGGUCUGUGGAACACUAUGGUAGGCCCAGGAUAAAUCUUGGAUCCUUCUUGUAAAAGAUUAACAGAUUCCCACACUUCUGUCUUGGAUUACUUUCAUGAUUUAUUCAGGUACAUGUGCCAGUACAAAUUAGUUUGACUAGUCCCUUAUUGUAUGGCCCAUAUUUACCAAGUUGCACAGCAGUAUUUUCUUACUAUCCCUUUCCAAUAAGUAGUGUAAAUGUUGUGCAUCUCAAUCCUAUCCAUGUUUACUGUGAAGACUAUCCCAAACUCAUGGAGAUUUAUCCCCAGGCCACUGCAUAGGACUUCAGCCUUAAUAAAAACCUCAGGUGUAGAAUUGCCUCACUUAAGAAUGAUUAGAAACUGGUAAACUGGGUAGUCUUGAAUUUUGACCUCUGAUGUAGAUGUAGUAGUCAUGUUUAAAACAUGGGUUAAAUCUGGCUUUUUCAUUGUGCCUAAAUUUGACGAGAACUGUUAAUUAGUAGUUUUCUAAUUAAUUUCUUCAUUUUCUUAGGUAAAAAAAAGUCACUGGAAAAUAGUAAGUACUGACAGCUUUUCUUUUGCAAAAUGUUUAAUUAGUCAAGACAGAGCUUGAAAUAGCUCCAAAAAAUUGUAAAAUAGUUCCCAAUCAUUGAUGCUGAGGGUGUGUACAAAACUCUGAAAUUGCUGCUGCCACUUCUGAAAUGUUCUGAAUAAAAAUCAUUUAUAACCAACUACUGUAUAUUGCAGGCAUUUGCCCAUAAUAUUUUAAAACCAAACCUACAUGCUGUUAUAUUUCAUCAUCCAGCCAGCUAGAACCUAAUUGGUAUUAAAAUAAAUAAGUAGUCACUGUCUGUGCCAGAUCAACAAAACUGAUGUCCCUUACAAACUUCAGGUAUAUCUGUGCUCUUGAGUGCUGCAGAGGCCAUAGCUUGUGCAACAGCUGCCCAACUGCUGAGGGCAUCAGCAGUGUCUCCUUGCUAGAAGCCACUGAACUGCGGCAUCCCAUUUCUUCUCUGAGAAGUGUUGCAACUGCUCUAGUUAGUGUUUGCUUGUUGUCACUAGGGUGGAGAUUGCAUCAGCACAGCAAAGGGGCUCUCAGACUAAUCUUAAAGACACUUGCUAGAAAGUAAGGCUCCUUGUACUCAGUAGUCAUGCAUAGAAUUGUGCUGCUUGUCUACCUAGAUUUUAGCGUACUGCGCGUUUUGAUUUAAAAAAAUAGAUGAACUUAAGUAUCCUUUUACCAAUAUAGUCAUUAAAAGUAUUGGUUUCUCCUAAACAUAACUAACAAAGGGGAAACGUUGUUGGAGAAAACUCACUAACACACUUUCUAAAGGUGUUGCCAGGUUUCAGAUGUGUUCACACCAGGUUGAUGGGGACGGUAGAAUGUGUUCCACUACUUGAUCUGCAAUAUUUUUCAGUCCUUAUAAAGUGGCUAAACAUGACAGCGUAGAAGUUGAAUGCAAAUGGCUUCCUGAAAAUUGCUCAAUCAAUUGAGUUUGUCUGUGUGUGUUGUUUCAGAAUCCUCUUCUGGCCACCAUUAA